AUCAGAUCAUGCGGAGUGUCCAAUCAGCACUGUAGCCACAGUCACUGGGUACGCAGCGUAUUCUGACUGGGUAAUAGAACAAGAGCGGGCCUUUUUUUUUUAAGGCCCUUGGCUUCACCUCAAAAUACCCGAAGUACAUGAAUAAAUCUGAUCGGUGUCAUCGCCUCAUUGGUGGUAUAUAUGUAGGUGAACGGUGACUGUCAGGGAAGCAACCACCUUUCUCUUGUUUCCGGCUGAAGGAAGAAGAAGAAACUACUCUCUUUCUUAACAGGAUGAAAGUAAGACAGUACCAAACGGUAACACUGUAGAAACCAAGAUCAGAGGAUGGAAGGAUAGGGUUUAAACCGUUUGGUUGGUCAAAGUCAACGCCGCUGUCUGUGUGAGCUAGCUACCAGUACCAGACUACCAGGCUUUCUUGAGAUCCGUCAAUCUGAGUGGACUGAUCUGAAUCAGUACACGGGAGCCGGAAAGUAAAUGAUGGUGGAGGAGGAAGAAGAACUCAAACCCUGCGGUGGAAUUGAUAUUGCAGAAGAAAAUGAAACGAAGAGGAGGUGUUGUGAUGGUCCAAGUCCAAUCCAAUGGUUCAGGAUGCUGUGUAGGGAACUGCAUUGGAGUUUUGUAUUAGGGGUGGUUGUUGUUUAUGGAAUAAGUCAAGGAUUUGGCGGAGCCAUGUACCGGGUGGGCACAGAAUAUUACAUGAAGGAUGUUCAAAAGGUGCAGCCUUCUCAAGCUCAAUUUUAUCAAGGAAUUACUUCUAUUCCAUGGCUUGUCAAGCCUCUCUGGGGUCUCCUCACCGAUGUUCUCCCACUUUUUGGCUAUCGAAGACGCCCUUAUUUCAUUCUAGCAGGUUCCAUUGGCGUGAUCGCUAUGCUUGUGUUAUCAUUCCAUGAAAAGCUGCACAUUGCAUUUGCCAUCUUGGCAUUAACAGUUGGAAGUGCUGGAGUAGCUGUAGCCGAUGUCACCAUAGAUGCUUGUGUGGCACAGAACAGUAUUAACCAUCAUUCACUUGCAGCCGAUAUGCAAAGCCUGUGUGCCUUGAGUUCCUCCAUCGGGGCACUUUUGGGAUUCUCUGUCAGUGGUAUAUUUGUUCAUCUUAUAGGCCCAAAGGGGGUAUAUGGCUUGUUGGCAAUCCCAUCUGGACUUGUGUUUUUACUUGGAACUCUGCUUAAGGAACCUCAUUCACCCAAUUUCGCUUACACGCAGGUCAAUCAGAAGUUUAUUGAUGCUGGUAAGUCUAUGUGGACCACAUUGAAAUGCCCUGACGUAUGGAGACCAUGCUUAUACAUGUACCUAUCACUUGCAUUAAGCUUGAACAUCCUUGAUGGAAUGUUCUUCUGGUAUACAGACUCAAAGGGGGGUCCAUCUUUCUCUCAGGAGAACGUGGGAUUUAUAUUCUCUAUAGGCUCAGUUGGUUCCAUUUUGGGGGCAGUACUCUAUCAGUAUGUCCUAAAGGAUCAUCCUUUCCGGGACUUGCUCUUCUGGACUCAGUUGGUUUAUGGUUUAUCAGGAAUGCUAGAUUUGAUGCUGGUCUUGCGGUUAAAUUUGAGAUUUGGCAUGCCUGAUUACUUCUUUGUUGUGAUUGAUGAAAGUGUGUCGCAAAUGACUGGAAGGCUCAAAUGGAUGCCUCUUCUGGUGCUUAGCUCAAAGCUUUGCCCCACAGGAAUUGAAGGAACUUUUUUUGCGUUGCUCAUGUCAAUUGACAAUGUUGGACUUCUGUCGGCGACUUGGGGAGGAGGCUUCCUGCUGCAUGUAUUGAAGGUUACACGGACACAAUUCGAUAAUCUUUGGCUUGCAAUUCUGAUUAGGAAUGUGUUGAGAUUAACUCCACUAUGUCUGCUAUUUUUGGUACCUAGAGUUGAUCCCAAUUCUUCCAUUCUUCCAACUGAAAUCUUGAGUACGAAAGACGAUAUCGAAUUUGAAACUCCAGAAGCUGAGAACAUUGAAUUGGUUUCCCUUGUAAGCAGAGUUGAUGGCAAAUAGGCCGACUAAACACCAUUUACAUAAACACUAUCACUUUACAUUUCAGAGACAUGUUUAGGAGGCCAAGCCAGGGUUGUUUUAUUUUGGUACUGGAAAGAGUUGGAUCUAAACAAGGUCCCCUUCGGUUAUACUGAACGUGUAUUAUUGCAUCCAUGUGCUCUUUAUUAUUCACAUUAACCUUUUGUAAUCACUCGGAUAGCUAUUCAUGAUAAUGCGACAAAACAUAUUAAGAUAC